AGUGGAAGAGUUCCUCUCACUUAACAGCAUCUCUUCUCUCUCCCACGGUUGCUUCCAGGUCCCACCACGUAGGGAGGGGAUUGGAGACGCCGAGCUCCACCGGAGGCGAAGGCGGAGGCGCGUGGCGCGCCCUCGGACUCCUCGCUGGGGGUAAACUGCAAAAAAAAUAUAGGAGUGGACUCUGGCGCAUUGCUGGAAGAGACACCUCCGGCUCUGGUUGUACGAGUUGGUGGUCGUCUCUCCAGAUCCGAUGCUCUUCCUGGUCGAUGGCGCGAAACCGUGGUGGCUAAAUCCUUUCUUCCCGCUUGAGUAGACAACAUCGCCUUUCCCUCGCAAUGCCACCGAAAAGAGGUGCUGCUGGCACCCGCUGCACCACCUCUGCUGCCCAUGGCGCCACCGAGUUUGCCACCGGCAGCCGAUCCGUCGCGGGCCAAUCCGCCGCCCAGUUCGUCGUUGAAGCUGCCACCCAGUUGGCCGCCCAAGCCACCACCCCAACCAUCGCCCUCGUUCUUAGAUAUGCUUCAAAGUCUUGUUUUUCAGGACAAAAUGGACCUUGCACCUCAGGGUUUGAUAACACAGCAACAAAAGGCAAAUGAGCGAAGGCCAGUUGGUAGCUCACAAAUUUGGACACGGUAUGGUGUUCUGCUUCCAAGCCAGCAGACUCGAAAGCUAAAAGAAUGGAUUCUGACUGAUGAGCAGCAACAGCUUGUUAAUGCUAGUGGUCUUGGACAUCUGGCACUUACCACUGGGUUUACCAUUGACCGUUCUUUGCUGACAUCUUUUUGUGAAAGAUGGAAUAAUGAAACAAAUACUGCACAUUUCAUGGGAUUUGAGAUUGCGCCUUCACUUCGUGAUGUUUCAUAUAUUCUUGGCAUUCCAGUGACUGGUCAUGUGGUGACCGCAGAGCCAAUUGGUGAUGAAGCUGUGAAGCGGAUGUGCUUGCAUUAUUUAGGAGAGAGCCCUGGAAAUGGAGAGCAACUGUGUGGCUUAAUUAGGCUGACUUGGUUGUAUAGGAAUUUUCAUCAACUACCUGAACAUCCAACCAUCAAUAAGAUUGCAUAUAGCACCCGAGCUUACCUUCUAUACCUUGUUGGUUCCACCUUGUUUCCUGACACCAUGAGGGGAUUUGUAUCCCCAAGAUAUCUACCACUGUUGGCAGAUUUUGGGAAGAUCCGUGAGUAUGCUUGGGGGGCUGCAGCCCUUGCUCAUUUGUAUAGGGGAUUGUCUGUUGCAGUAACACCUAAUGCCACAACACAGUUUCUCGGCAGUGCAACUUUGCUCAUGGCCUGGAUUUAUGAGUAUCUUCCUAUUACUCAACCACAACAGAAGAACCAGAGCACAUUGCUGCCCCGGGCUUGCCGGUGGAACUUUGGAGGAGCAACACGUGGACAGAGAAAAAAAGUCAUGGACUGGAGAAAAGUUUUUGAGCAACUUCAAUUUUCCGAGGUCAACUGGAACCCUUACAAGGACAUGAAUCCAGCAAUUGUUCCGGAAUAUUGCAUUGCAGCAGAUAACAUCUGCUACUCUCGUACUUGGCUAAUCAGCUUUAACAUAAAGGAGGCGUAUGUGCCUGACAGGUUUGCUAGGCAGUUCGGGAGGGAACAAGGACGCCUCCAUGGUGUGCCAAUGUGGACAAGAAGAACUUGGAGUAAGUGGAAAGACUGGAGGACUGAGUAUGCUCGUGAGAUUGAGGAGUUCCAUCAAUUGGUUGGCUGCCAUUUCACCCCUCCUGCGGAAACCAAUAUCAACUCCUUUCCACUACAUGAGUCUAGUGCUGGACAGAAUGAUGCAGGAUGCAGUCUGAAUAUCUCUCAUAAUUUUUCUGCAAUGGUUGAAGAUUUGAAAAAUGAUCUCCCAGUAAUUGGUCGAUAUCUUGAGGGAAACUUGCUUCCUUCAGAUGUUGCAAGCUUCCUAGAGAGGGUGAGCACGAUGAUCAAGAGUUAUACCCCACCACAGGGCAGCCGAAGGAAAGAUCGAGUAAGUCAUGGCCCCGCUGACCCAGUCAGGUCAAAGAACCCAAGAAAAAGGGGAAGACAUUCACUCUUUCAAGAUUCUUUUCCUCAUCGGUAUCUAGGCACCCCGGUAAACAUAGUGUUUGAUGGCACCAUUCCUCUACUAAAUGGGGGUGAGGCAUUGAAGGAACAAGUGGCCAUGGAUCCCUGGCGGGUCUCCCAGUCCCAUUUGACGAUGACCACAUCUUCUUCAUCUCUAGACUCAAGCUCACCAGAAUCAAUGAAGCGGAGGCGGGAAGGUGGGGAUGAAAUUCCAAUCACAAGGGACACUGAUUGCCUCCAAAGUGGAAGGCUCUGUGUGCAGCUGAAAAUGUUCAAGCACAGAGAUGGAGUGAAUGCCGAGGCAGCUAAUCCGAUUUUCCGCUGACGAAGACAAAACUUCGCUUGGUCUUCAUAUUGUACAAAGUAGCAAAGAAACAUGACUUGUUUGCUGCACUGCUGACAGUUAGCUGGCCACCAACACCGCUCUGCGGUAUUGCUGUCUGCAAUUUGCGAGGAUUUUCCUGUGUUUAUAUCGUUGUGAAACAGUUGCCUCUGUGAAAUAGAUGCCUUUUCAGAAGCGAUAGAGUUGUAACUGUUUAUGACAAUUAACAUGGCUAUUAAAGGGGCAAGUCUUUUGGCACA